UAAAUCAGUGCUGUGGAGAGGAGUUGGGGACAGCACUAUGUGGCAAUGUUACAAGCAGUUUCUGUAGGUCUCUUGGGAAUAUCUGGGAUUCAGAUGAUGAUAUAUAGUACUGCUGUGUAACAGUUUGAGAUAUCUUGAAGGUCAGAUUAAAUGACCAGUAGUGGGGGCCAAUAGAGCUAUUAAGAGUUUGUUCCUAAGGAAAUCUGUUAAUCCUUCUCUUUGUUACAUUUGAAGCUGCACACUAUCAAAACUACUCUAUGUGCUUGCCUUAGUCUAGUAGUGUCAGUGUUUUAUCAACAGAUAACUGAGCCGCUCUAAAAAAAAUUGGAAAAUGGAGCUGUGACUAGUUAUUUUUUGUUUUGUAUGAUUUUUCUUCUAAAUAUAAACUGAAAAGAGUAUUAAGGAAAACUUGAGAGAAUUGUUUUACAUCCAAAAUGAUACCCUGUGGACCUGUUCUGUCAUUUGUUCGGUGUUUGUUGCGAAGAAAAAUUGUCACUGUGGACAGUCUUGAAGAUUCCAAGUUAUGCCGAUGUUUAUCCACUCUGGACCUUAUAGCUCUGGGAGUGGGAAGCACUCUUGGUGCUGGUGUUUACGUACUUGCUGGAGAAGUUGCAAAAGCAGAUUCUGGACCUAGUAUUGUUAUUUCUUUCCUCAUUGCUGCCUUGGCAUCUGUGAUGGCAGGUCUUUGCUAUGCUGAGUUUGGUGCUCGUGUUCCCAAGACUGGUUCUGCAUAUUUGUAUACUUAUGUAACUGUUGGUGAACUGUGGGCUUUUAUCACUGGCUGGAAUCUCAUUUUAUCAUACGUUAUAGGUACAUCCAGUGUAGCAAGAGCGUGGAGUGGCACCUUUGAUGAACUCCUUGGAAAACAAAUUGGUCAGUUUUUCAGAACCUACUUCAGAAUGGAUUUUUCUGGUCUAGCAGAGUAUCCAGACUUCUUUGCAGUAUUUUUGAUAUUGCUUCUGGCAGGUCUUCUGUCUUUUGGAGUAAAAGAAUCCGCAUGGGUGAAUAAGAUUUUCACUGCUGUUAACAUCUUGGUUCUCCUCUUUGUUAUGAUUUCUGGCUUUGUGAAAGGAGAUACUGACAACUGGAAAAUAAGUGAAGAAUCUCUCAUAAACCUCACAGCACAAACAGGAAAUUAUUCUUCCUAUAAGAACGUGACAAGCAUAUUUGGGGCUGGUGGUUUUAUGCCAUAUGGUUUUACAGGAACAUUGGCUGGUGCUGCAACAUGUUUUUAUGCCUUUGUGGGAUUUGAUUGCAUUGCAACAACUGGGGAAGAAGUCAGGAAUCCUCAGAAAGCUAUACCUAUUGGAAUUGUGACUUCCCUGCUUGUCUGUUUUAUGGCCUAUUUUGGUGUUUCGGCAGCUUUGACUCUUAUGAUGCCAUACUAUCUUCUAGAUGAGAAAAGUCCUCUUCCUGUAGCAUUUGAAUAUGUUGGAUGGGGUCCUGCAAAGUAUAUUGUAGCGGUGGGAUCCCUCUGUGCUUUGUCCACAAGUCUUCUUGGAUCCAUUUUCCCAAUGCCACGUGUAAUCUAUGCUAUGGCGGAAGAUGGGUUGCUUUUCAAAUGUCUAGCUCAAAUCAAUUCCAAAACGAAGACUCCAGUUAUUGCUACUUUGUCAUCGGGUGCAGUAGCAGCUAUAAUGGCAUUUCUUUUUGACCUAAAGGCUCUGGUGGAUAUGAUGUCUAUUGGUACACUUCUUGCUUACUCACUUGUAGCAGCCUGUGUUCUCAUCCUCAGGUACCAACCCAAUUUAACCUAUGAGCAACCAAAAUAUUCUCCAGAGAAAGAGGCUCUGACAGGAUCAGAGAGGAAAUCUCAAAUUAGUAUGCUUCAAGGGCACCGCUUCAGUCUUCAGACAUUGAUGAAUCCAUCCAGUUUGCCUACAGAGCAGUCUGCCACUACCGUUAGCUUUUUGGUGGGUCUAUUAGCUUUUCUGGUGUGUGGGUUGAGUGUUCUGACCACCUAUGGGAUUCAUUUUAUUGCUAAUAUGGAGCCUUGGAGCAUUGGUCUUCUUGCUGUGUUGGUAGUACUCUUCAUAGUCAUAGUUCUCACCAUAUGGAGGCAGCCUCAGAGCCAGCAGAAAGUAGCCUUUAUGGUUCCAUUCUUGCCAUUUUUGCCAUCCUUCAGUAUCUUGGUGAAUAUUUACUUGAUGGUACAGUUAAGUGGAGAGACUUGGAUCAGAUUUAGCUUCUGGAUGGCUUUUGGCUUCUUUAUUUACUUUGCAUAUGGCAUCAGACAUAGUCUUGAAGGUCAUCCUAGAGAUGAGGAAGAUGAAGAUACUUGCUCAGAAAAUAGUGGAAUACAGGAAAAGAACCCCGUGGAAGAAGCAGAUGAACAUACAAAUGAAAAUGCUCAGUUUAUUAUACAUGAAAGGACAAGUGAAUGUUAAUGUUUGCAAACAACCUUAACGUGCAUGUCUCUGAAGUAGUAGUAAACUGUGAUCGAAUGUAGUUGCUGAACGAAAUUGUCAAAAGGUAGCUGCCAGCAGAUUAACAGUAAUUUAUAUUUGUGCAUCUUGAAAGUGCCUACCACAAAGCAUGACUGACGUGUUGAACUAGCUGCUAAUACCUCUUGGAUACUUCAGAUCCAGUCACAUGAAGACUUUCUUCAGUGAAAAAUUGAUAUCCCAGAUGAAAACAUCAAGGAAGAUAAGGGGAAGGACAGACUUCCAAGCGGAUAACUGUACCUUUGCUAUGCUAAAAUUUGGGGGUGUUUUGGUUGCACAAUUAUAUACAAUUAAUUGGUGAUGACAAAGUAUAAAGAAUUUUAGGAUUGCUUACAAAAGAGGGCCCUGAACAUUUUACAUUUUAUGAAGAAAGCAACUGCUUUUCAUAUGUUCUCCUUAUCCCUGUUCAUUAAAAUACUUUGUCAUGUCUGAUAGGGUAUAAUGAAUAACAAAGUGACGAUACUCUUUGAUCAUUAAAAUAUUUAAUUCCUUCUUUUUUUUUUUUUCAGGGAACUAAUGGGAGAUUAAUUGGGAGUAGGUCUAGAGCAGUGGUUUUCAAUCCCUGGGGUCCGCAGACUAUGUCUAAGCGGUCUGUGAAAGGUAACUAAAGAAAAUAAAGAGGGGUAGCCGUGUUAGUCUGAAUCUGUAAAAAGCAACAGAGGGUCCAGUGGCACCUUUAAGACUAACAGAAGUAUUGGGAGCAUAAGCUUUCGUGGGUAAGAACCUCACUUCUUCAGAUGCAGUUUCAGAUGCCAGAAAAGGCAUUCUGUUUUUCUGAUCAAUCAAAAGUAUGUGAAUACCCCAUCUACAGGUCAAAGCCUGGAAGUGUUAUUGUUACCAUAGAAGCCCACAGUUUAGCACCCUUCAUGCAUCAAAUACUGUGCCAAGCACGAGCAACAUUUAUAGUUGAAUUCUGUUCAGUCAGUUUUCAGUGUAAAACUUCUAGGGUAGGGAUCCGCAGACCACAGGUUGAAUUUCCAAAGGGGUCCAAUCUUCAAUUCAAAAUUUUUAGGGGUCUUCAAAUGAAAAAAGAUUGAAAACCACUGGUCUAGAGAAUAUUCUGCAAAGUUUGUUUACAAAUUGUAACAGCACAAAUCAGACACUUUUAACAAAGUAGAGUACAAUAUAUUUAUAUCAAAGUAGUAAGGAGAUGUUCGGUUAUACUUACCAGUAAGCAGAUAUGCAUAAUUAUGAG